CGAGCGCAGUCUGUAGUUGCGUGAUCACAGCUGGGCUCUCCUCAGUCAGUCAUCCAGCAAGCCUCCUGUACCACCACACGCUCUGUACACUAGAUCCUGGAUUUGAUCAGAAAUGUUUUUCUGUAGAUCGGCUUGGCAGAGAUUGGGGCUCCUGGCACGAAUGACAGCCGCCAUACCUUUAUCCAGAAAUGUGGUUCCAGUGCGGCAGAUGUCCGUCGGGAUCCCCGGUGGCUCUGCCACCAACGUGGCGUACGCCGUUCUGUGUGGAGGAGGCCUCACUGCCGCUGUGGUCUACGCUUACAAGACAGUGAAUGGUGACAGUGAGCGGUACAAUGACCGACUCGCCGAGAUGAACUUGAGGCCCAAGGAAGCAGCACCAGCAGCAGAGGAAGCAGCACCAGCAGCAGAGGAAGCAGCACCAGCAGCAGAGGAAGCAGCACCAGCAGCAGAGGAAGCAGCACCAGCAGCAGAGGAAGCAGCACCAGCAGCAGAGGAAGUAGAAUCCCCAGAAGAACCGGCACCAGUAGAAGCCGAGGUGUUAGCCGAGGUGGCCGCUGAGACAGUCGAGGAGGCGCCUGCAGCAGCAGAGGAAGUUGUGGCAGAGGUCGCAGCCAAAUCCGUCGCUGUCCUAGAGGUUGCUGCGGAACCAGAUGUCGUCGCAGUUGAGGAGGCGCCCGCAGUUGAAGUUGCCGUGGUUACGGAAGAAGCUCCACCGGAGGCUGACGCAGAGGCCGUCAUCGAGGACGUUGCAGAUGCGGCUCCUGGCGUCGUGGAAGAGGUCGUUGCCGUGGAGGCUGCCGGUGAGGAAGUAGUGGCCGAAGUAGUGGCCGAGACGCCUCCCACCGCCCCUGAGGCAGAAGCAGCCCCUGCCGCCGAGGUGGCAGCAUUAGAUGCUGUGUCUGACAUCACGUCUGCCUCCAUGAGGCUCCUGGCCAGCUCUGAGAUCGCUGCUGCCUCGGUAGCUGAGAGGAGGCUCAUGCACGCCGUCCAACACCUAGAAGACCGGACUGAAGAAUCCUCACUCGCUCCCGCCGAGGACAUUCUAGAUUCCCUGGAGGUUCCUGAAGCUAAGGUAGAGGAGGAAGUAUUAUCUGUGGAGGGGGAAGUGGCAGAAGCACCAGCUGCAGAAGUCUUGGAAACUGAAGAGCCCAAACCAGAAGAGGAGGCUGUUGUUGCUGCCCCUAAUGUCACAGAGGAAGUGGUUGCUGAGGAGACCCCUGAGCCAGAGGAAGUGGUUGCUGAAGAGACCCCUGAGCCAGAGGAAGUAGUUGUUGAGGAGACCCCUGAGCCAGAGGAAGUGGUUGCUGAAGAGACCCCUGAGCCAGAGGAAGUGGUUGUUGAGGAGACCCCUGAGCCAGAGGAAGUGGUUGUUGAGGAGACCCCUGAGCCAGAGGAAGUGGUUGUUGAGGAGACCCCUGAGCCAGAGGAAGUGGUUGUUGAGGAGACCCCUGAGCCAGAGGAAGUGGUUGCUGAGGAGACCCCUGAGCCAGAGGAAGUAGUUCCGGUCGUCGUAGAGGAAGCUCCAGCUGCUGUUGCAGAGGAGGAGACUGCUGCGGCUCCCCUAGAGGCCACAGAGCUCCCUGCCACUGUGGAAGCACCUGAGGCUGGGGCUUCUGCCGCUGUGGAAGCACCUGAGGCUGGGGCUUCUGCCGCUGUGGAAGCACCUGAGGCUGGGGCUUCUGCCGCUGUGGAAGCACCUGAGGCUGGGGCUUCUGCCGCUGUGGAAGCACCUGAGGAUGAGGCUUCUGCCGCUGUGGAAGCACCUGAGGCUGGGGCUUCUGCCGCUGUGGAAGCACCUGAGGCUGGGGCUUCUGCCGCUGUGGAAGCACCUGAGGCUGGGGCUUCUGCCGCUGUGGAAGCACCUGAGCACCUUGGGGCUUCUGCCGCUGUGGAAGCACCUGAGGCUGGGGCUUCUGCCUCUGUGGAAGCACCUGAGGCUGGGGCUUCUGCCGCUGUGGAAGCACCUGAGGCUGGGGCUUCUGCCGCUGUGGAAGCACCUGGGGCUUCUGCCGAGGAGGGACCAAUAGUAGAGGAAUUUUCCCCAAAAGAGGCUGCCCCAGUUGAAGAGGCAGCGCCAGUUGAGGCAGAGUUACCUGCAGCCGAAGAGGUAGCAGUAGUAGUAGAGGAAGCCCCAGUGGAGGAAGCCCCAGUGGAGGAAGCCCCAGAAAUGGAGGAACCAGCAGCGACAAGGGAGGCUGUGGAGACGGCCCAAGUGUCUGAGGAUGAGGCGCUCGUCGUGGAGGCGGCGAUGCUGGCAGCAGCCUCAGCCCUGGAUGUCGAGGCAGUGGAGGCAGAGGCAGCCCCGGCUGAGGAAGUCAAGGAGGCCCUCUUCACUUCAUGCCACCAAUGUGAAGCCCCAGCUUCUGAGUCUGCCCCAGUUGAGACUGGCCCAGUUGAGAUUGUAGAGGCUGCAUCUGUGGGGGAAGUAGAGGCUCCCCCUGCUGGUGAGGAGGAGGCAGUCGUCGAGAGUGAGGCAGUGGAGGUGACCGCAGAGGAGCGCGCCACCGAUUGGCCUGCUGAGGUGACCGCAGAGGAGCGCGCCACCGAUUGGCCUGCUGAGGUGACCGCAGAGGAGGAAGCCAAGGUGGAAGGUGCACAGAGUAUGAGCCUGAUGUUACUGACAGCCCAGUCCUGACUGGAGACCAGCGAGAUGUGCCUUCUGGAACAGUCAACACCCACAGCUGUCAAUCAAACAGGACGAUCAACAUAAAACACACACAUAAUUAGAACUGGUUUGAAUUGAAUUCUAUAAUUCUAUUUAACUCAUUAUAUAUUUAAAUGUUGUCUAAUGACAACAGUUGUCAACCCGGUAACAACAUUCCAGGUUCUCACUCAGUUUCCUCGUCUUGUAUUUUCCCUACCCAUGGUGAGGUGACACUUCUGUAAGGGUUUGAAGUCUGACUUUAUUCCUAUGCGCAGACCCAAAUGACACCUUAUACCCUAUAUAGUGCAUUACUUUUGACCAGGACCUGGGGGAAUAGGGUGCCAUUUGGGAUGAUAUCAACUAUUUCUCAGUACCACCCUGUUCCCCAAGGUGUCACUGUUACCAAGCUGAUGAAGACCACUUGAAUGUAUUUGAAGUUACUUGAUAAAUUAUUGUGUACUUGACAUUGCCUAAUGAAUUCUGACUAUUUUUUUUUUUUUGGUUGAUUCAAUGAAAUAAGAUCUGAAUUGUUGUAUUAAACAGUAGGCCAUUAGACAACAUGUAGAUGAUUGUGUUCUUCAGAGACUGUUGAGUGAGUUCUGCAUGGAGUUUUUUUUAUUAAAUCAGGUAAUAUCUCGAUUAAGUUUAGUUCUCAAGCCAGUAGACUGUUGGUAGACAGUGUUGUACCCAUGUGAUGUAAAAUGUAAAAUGAAAUGUUUUUUU